CGUAGAUAUAUUUCGGUUGUUCUUCGACAUCGAGUCAAACAAGUCAAAUUUAAAUGUCAAAAUAUUUCAUCAUUUGUAUUGAUUUCAUAACUUACUUAAUUGUUACAAAAUAAUAAAUUACUCAUUGUAUUAUCUGAUCUAAUUAUUUAUUCUUAUUGUCGGAGCAUUCACCGUAGCGGUAUACUCGAACGUUUGUGCUGUGUCUCUGCGCAUUUUUGUUGUUUAAACAGUUGAUAAUAUUUAUUGUUGUUAUUACGUCAUUGUAAAUAAUUUGGCAGUGUUUCAGUGUUUGUACGGUGAUGUUUAUUCACUUACGUUCAUUGCUGGCAAGUGGACUUUCUUAGUGUGACCUUGACUCCACCAAACAGCUGGUGCCCUCACGAUGGAAUCAUUCUUUAGUCUGUUCGAUCCGUCGGAUGGACAAAGCAGGCCGACGAAGAAAAAGUAUAAAAACGAGUCGGACAGGAAUGGGGAGAUGCCUAAAGGUAGGCGUAGGGGCCGACGUUUGCAGGGUAAAAACGAGACGCUACCGGAGGAGUCGUCCUUCCUCUGCGAGCCGGACCUCAGUACUGAGCUGCUGGUGAAGGACUGCAGCUACAUCGAGAACUACAUAGAGGUCAAUGCGAAGGAGGACGAUCAAAAGGACUCAGACAAGAAGCCGCGUCGGAGGAACUCGGGAAGGAAGAACAGAAGGAAGAGGAACAAAAUAUCGCCGGCGCAGGAGUUCCUGCCCGGCCUUGCCUGGGCGCAGGAUGGCGCACACUCUGGCAACACUGCUGAGAAAAGUCUCAACAACCAAGCGUCGAAACCGAAGCAUUGCGUCGACAAAAUCGGCAAAAAUGUGAACAACCUGAAGACGGAGGACCCGACGCGAGAGAAGAGGAGAGACUGCGCGAUAGAAAGGGACAGGAACACGGACACGCGCAGAGUAUACAACGUGAUAGACAAGCUGGAGAAGGUCGGGAUCAAGGACAACAUGUAUCUGGCUGGUGAUUUCGAUGAUGACAACCUGGGGAGCGACUUCUUCUACAGCGAUGAUGAGAUGGAGGACUUCCGGGAUGAUAGCACGUCGGACGCGGACGACACGGGCGACGAGUGCUACGGCUCGCUGCCGCCGGAGCCGCGCUUCGGCAACGUGGAGUACAAGCUGCAGCUCGCCUCGCCGUGCGAGAGGCGCUUCCAGCAUCUGGUCACUCAGCUAAAAUGGCGCCUCCGCUCCGGCGGCGGGACCGCCGUGUACGUCAUAGGCGUCCGCGACUGCGGGGCCCUGCGGGGCCUGCGGGCCCCCGCGCUCCGGGCCUCGCUGCGCUCGCUGCGCCGCAUGGCCGCCGCCAUCGGCGCCGCGCUGGUGUCGGUGCGCGCGCGCCGGGUCGCCAGCAACAGGGCUGUCGCCGAGGUGUACAUACGGAAGUUGGCGGACACGCAGCAGAGUGUGGAGCUGAGGGUGGCCGUGAUGGGCGCCAACGAGGCGGGGAAGUCCACCCUCAUCGGGGUGCUAACCCAGGGUGAGCUAGACAACGGCAGGGGCAGCGCCCGGCUCAACAUGUUCCGGCACUUGCAUGAAGUGAAAAGCGGCAGGACCUCGUCGCUCAGCCACGAGAUACUGGGGUUCGAUGCUCAGGGUAAUGUCGUGAACUACGGCUGCUCCGAGCUGAUGACGGCGGAACGGAUCGGCGAGAGGAGCGCCAAGCUGGUCUCCUUCCUGGACCUCGCCGGCCACAGCAAGUACCAGAGGACCACCCUGCACGGCCUCACGGGCUACUGUCCGCAUUACGCGAUGCUGGUGAUCUCGGCAACGGCUGGUAUCACAAGCAUAACAGAAGAACACAUAGGGCUCCUGUUGGCGCUGGAUCUGCCCUUCUUCGUGGUUAUAAGCAAGUGCGAGCUGGCCAGCGGUGCUGUGCCACAAUUGAUGGAACAACUGAAUGAUCUGCUUGUGCCGGCUAAGAAGAAACCACUUCUGAUAACGGAUGAGAAUUUGGCGCGAAACUGCGUUGUGCCACAGAAGUCAAUUCUGGAUGCCAUAGACCAGACGGAAGAGCAGACGCAGGACGAGGACACGUGCGAGUUUCAAAUAGACGAGAUAUUCCACGUGGGCGACGCGUCGGGGCCCGUGGUGGGGGGGCUCGUGGCCCGCGGCCGGAUAUGCGAGGGGGACGAUCUUGUGCUCGGUGAGUAUGUCCCAUCAAUCACACGGACACAUCCUACUAAUAUUAUAAACGUGAAAGUUUGUAUGGAUGUAUGGAUGUUUGUUAUAAAUCUAACUUAUGGCUUCUAUCGAUUACAGAAAAACCAGAAUCAGGAUAAAAACCAUAAAAAUGUCAGACGGAAAAAUACAAACCUACUGCAGGACAUAGCGAACGUGCAAAACAUGCUGACGAAAAACCUACACCUUGACACCAACGACGACGGCGGACUGAAUGACAUUAAUGUCAACGAUGUCGACCCUGACACGCGUGUCAAAGAUGUGGACACCAACGUUUCUGAGAACGGCGAGUGCGAUAUAAAUGUCAAAGAUAUGGAACGCGAUGUAAAUGUCAAGAGUGUGGAACACGAUAAGAAUGUAAAAGUGUCAUCACUCAGUGGGAAAGUUGACAAAAUGACACUAAAGGAGAUGAGGGAAGACAGAAAGGAGUUGAGGUACUUUGGCGAAGGAGAGGAUAAGGUGUGGUUGGAGGAUCCCAAUAAUCCGAGAGGGUGUAUUUAUUUUCAGGCAACCGUCCACGUGAUACGGCACGCUACCGCCAUCAACCCGGGCUUCCAGUGCUCGGUGCAUGUCGGCAAUGUGAGACAGACUGCUAUUAUUGAGGGUAUUUUCUCGCCGAACAACGUGGUCCGCGCCGGGGAAACUGCCUCCGUGGUGUUUCGCUUCCUUCGUUGCCCGGAAUAUCUCGUGUCCGGCCGGAGGUUGUUAUUCACCGCUGGACUAGGGACUAGAGCUAUCGGACGCGUCACACAAACAUUUCCGUAUAUACCUUGAAAUAUACUGAAAAAAAAUUUCAGUGUUUAAACUAUGGCCUAAUAUGGGUCUUAUUUAAAACAUAGAAGAACUAUGAAGUCUAUCUAGAAUCUAGAUAUAUUUCAAGUGACAUAUGACAAUUUGUCAUGCAUGUUAUGAUAUACUAAUAUACAUACAUUAAAUUUGAUUUUUAACCGACUUUCCCAAAAGUUAAGGGGUUUCUAAAUUCGUUUUUUUUUUUU